AUAGCAAAUGAUAAAAAAAAGAAAAUGGCAAAUUAUAAAGAAUGGCAAAACACUACAAAAAAAUAUAGCAAGCACAAUUGGAGUUCUCGCUAUAUUUUUUUGUAAUCUACACGCAAAAAUACGUAAAAGUGUAUAAAUUUGAAACUCUUUAGAUAAAAUAUUCUUUGUUUUUUGGGGAAAAAUAAUGAUUUUUAUCGAAAAUUAUCAGUUUUUCCUUGAAAACACUUUGAUAAUUAACUCCAAUCGUUCUCGCUAUAUUUUUUUGUAAUCUACACGUAAAAAUACGUAAAAAAGUAUAAAUUUGGAUCCCUUAAGGUACUCUCACAGCUCAUCUGCUAGCUUGCAUGCGCUGGCGUGCAUGCAAUUAACCAUUCACACCUCAAUUUUCAAAUUUCGCGCGAAGGGAAAAAGAUUUAAAAUUUUUUAAAGAAUUUUAAUGUUUUUUUUAUUAACAAAUUACUAAAAACAAAGGAAAAAAUAUUUAAUGAAAAUAAAUAUUUUGAAAUUAAGUUACUUUUCAUCGAUUAAAGUAGUGGAAAAGUGAUAAUACUUUUAUUAAGUAUUUUUCUCACAUGUUAACAAGGUAACAUGGUUUUCUAACCUCCAAAAGCUUUUUCUUUCUCUUUGCACGUGAGUCUCGACAACACGAACACGCUUUUCUUUGGCUUGGACAAUAAAAAAUACAAAAAUGGCUGACGCGCAGUACGGUCAAGAAAUAACAAACUUAUUGUGCGGCGUUUGCGGGUUGGAUGUGGAGCUUGAAACAAUUCAAUUUCAUGGAUGCUUCAAUGGGGCACAGGAUGCUCAGAUUUCUCUGGAGGGGAAUAUUAUAAAUUUUGAGAAUGACCAGAACCUACCGAAUCUGCAACAGAAUCAGCAACCGAAAAAAGCCAUUAAGAAAUCAUCGGACAAUAUUGAUUUGGAUCAUGAUGGAAACGCCACACAAUCCAAUAAUAAUUUAAUAAACUUGGUGGAAAUGGUGCGAGAAUCGCCAUGCUUGUGGGAUCCGCGGGUUCCACUGAAAAGACGGAGUCCAUCGAUAAUUUCCAGCAAAUGGCUGGAAAUAUCGAAUAACUUUCCAGGUUGGAGUCCUGAAAUGACGAAACAAAAAUUUACCAGUCUAAAAGGAUCUUUCAAUAGAAGGAAGAAGGUUCCAGCUAGCGGUUCCGGCGGUUUAAAUCAAAAACCAUGGUUCUUGGAACCAUAUUUGUCCUUUAUUGACGAUCAAUUGGCAGAUACUUCAAGAUCUACUUUUUCAAAUGUGAGAGAUCCUGUAGAGGAAAUUGACUCUUCGCAUGAGUAUCACUCAUGCAACGGAGGUUCCAGCGACGAGGAGAUUUCCAAGAAGCCCCAUUAUGGCUUUCCAUUAAAAAAGCCCGGAGGUAAGAGACAAAAACGGGAUAAUGCCUUAGAGUCUGCGAUUUUGGAACUCACAAAAAAUAGUAUCAAAGCCAAAAAGCCAAAGAAAGAAAGCAGUGCUUUGGAGCAGUGGUCGACUUGGCUGGCAAAAGAGAUUGAGCUUUUUCCUGAUGGAGAAAGACUCCAGAUCCAAUCUCAAAUAACGAAUUUCAUUGCCGAAAAACGUCAGGGAGAGCAAAGUUAAAGAUUUAUUAGUCUUACAUAAAUAAUUUUUUUUUAAGUACAUCCUAAAAGACUGUUUCACUAGUCAACUUUUUUUAUUUAAAUAUUAAAAAAUGUCAUUGUAUCGUGUGAUAAAGGCAUGUGAUAAACUCAUACUUUGCGUUUGCGAACGACUUUCGCGAAGCAGUUGCGCUUAAACCUUAAUUGAGGGUCCAGAUAAAAAAACCGGUUAUAUUUUUUUUAAUAUCAAAAUCAUUGCCCUGUAAGUCGAAAAUUCAAAAGUUGAAAAUCACCUUUUUUGAAGAAACAUUUUCGUAAUCUGUAUAGAAAUUUGAAAUGCUUACUAGAAAUUAAAAUUCUAAAUUCUUUUUUUAUUCAGAGGUCGAGAAUUUCGAGUCUCAAAAAAUUAUAACCGCUUCUUUGAUCUGGACCCUCAAUUCUAAAAUGACUUGUAAUCCUAGUGAGAAACUUGCAGUGUAAAACUGCUACUGUAGGGUGGCUCGAGAAUUGUCGACUUUCAAAAAUUGUUUGCGACACCUAAUCCUAACAAAAAUUAGGACUUAUUUUUUUUGACAAUGUUAAGGGGUACUCAAAGUUUAAGGAAGUACAAAAAACCUAUUUUAUUUUAACUCUUUUUUGAAAGCCGAUCUUUUUCGAGCCAUCUAACUUUCAGCAAGCUGGCACUGCAAGUUUCCCACAAUCUUACAGGUUUUUUUGUGAUAUAAAAUGUGAUGAUAAGCAAUACAAGGGUCAAACCACUAAAAAUCAUCUGAGAGUGGUUGCUGAAAUAUUUUUAAAAAAUUUAGUUUUAUUAUUAAAAUUUAAAAGUGGUUACAAAAUCACGUCGUGAACUUCAUACUUUGAAUUAGUAAUAUUUUUUAACGAAAUAAAAUGUACACGAUAAUAUUAUGACUAAUAAACUCAGAAAUUCAUUUAUUUUCAUAUAAUAUCAAAACUAAAUUUUUUAAAAAUAUGUCAGCAACCACUCUCAGAUGAUUUUUAGUGGUUUGACCCAUAAGUAAUAUAAGCAAUUCUUAUAAAUUAUUAUAAAUUUUAUAAUGUUUUAUCGACGUUGAUGAGAAAACCAUGUGAGAUACGAUUUAU